ACUGCACUCAGUUGUCAGUUCUUGGCUUCGGAAAGGUAGCAUCUUACACUACUCCAAUGGGGCGAUCACCAUGCUGUGACAAGAUCGGCCUAAAGAAAGGUCCAUGGACGCCGGAGGAGGACGAGAAGCUUCUUGCUCACAUCGAGGAGCACGGACAUGGGAGCUGGCGUGCAUUGCCCUCCAAGGCCGGUUUGCAGAGGUGCGGCAAGAGUUGCAGAUUGAGAUGGACCAACUACCUUAGGCCGGACAUCAAGAGGGGCAAGUUCAGCUUGCAGGAAGAACAGACCAUCAUCCAGCUUCAUGCUCUUCUUGGUAACAGGUGGUCUGCAAUUGCAACACAUCUAUCGAGGCGCACUGACAACGAGAUCAAGAACUAUUGGAACACCCACCUCAAGAAGAGACUGGCCAAGAUGGGGAUCGACCCUGUCACCCACAAAGCCACCAAUGGAGCUCUCAUAGGCACCGAAGACGUCAAAUCAGCCAAGGCUGCAGCUAGCCUCAGCCACAUGGCCCAAUGGGAGAGCGCCCGCCUUGAGGCUGAGGGGCGCCUAGCUCGAGAAUCGAAGAUGCGCACAGCUACACCAACUUCAGUCCAUGUGCAACCAACGAACCCGCCUGACUCAACUGCUUCCCAACGCCUCGGCAUGUUGCAUGCAUGGCGGGGUGCAAAGCUAGACUUGGAGUCACCUACCUCUACACUGACGUUCAUAGGUAGUAACAGUACCAUGGUGCCAACCAAAGAGACCACCAGCCUAGGAAUGUCUGAAAGCAACUCCACGAUGUGGAACCAGAGAAGUGAUGAGCUGGAGGGCGAAGAAAACGAGUGGAAGUUCAUCAGCAAGCAGCAAGUGCAAGGACUGGAAGGCAAGGAGAGGGGAGGAGAAAUCAUUGGCUGUGCGGAGCCAUGGUUCCCAGGGAUGGUCAGUGUCGCAGCUGGCUUCACAGACAUGCUGCUUGAUGGAUCCAGCGUGCAUGAUACAUCAGAAUGCUGGGGUGAGUCCAGCAAUGGCCAAGCAGAGCACAGCAGCCAAGUCUCCGGAGAUGGAGAGUGCAGCAACUACUGGAGCGGAAUCCUCGGCAUGGUGAACUCAGAGUUGCCAUCCCAACCACCAACAUUGCUCUAGGAAGGGGUACUCUGUAGAUAUUUCUCUGGUAGGACUUCCAAGAAAAUCCAUUGAAUCAUCCAAAGUCAGAUGAAAAUAAGAAGAGCACAACAUAUCAAGGCUACAACUACAAGCCUACAAGUCUGCAACUACUUCAACAGUUUGCGGUUUUCCCUCUUCAUGUGUAGUAAAAUAAUUAGCUACU